GUUUGUGGGCAUAACAACAAGCGGAGAUAGCGAAGAGGCUUGUGAAAAGUAAUUUGAAAAUGUGUAAAAAGUCUUCUUGAUUAAUCGUUUUUCCACGCAAAUAGGGUCCAAAUGUAACUUAGAAAUUUAGAGAGGCAUUCUGUGUAAUUUAAGCGUUUCUUAAUCAAGAAUCUCUUUCAAGAUGAUGGAACUAAACUUGACACGAUGUGACUAUGUGCAGGUUGGCGUAACCUCGCCGAAGACGAUGGAGUUGCUGCCAUCAGGUGGGAAAAGAAGCACUCAAAAGAUAGCUAUAGCUGAUCAUGAUGGUGUACUCACUUGCUUUGGAGUCAAGAAAAAGGCAGCACAGAUUGUUUUCAARACUCURCCAGCUUCUCCUGUCACACGGCUUUGUCUAGGAGGAAUAGAAGGUCCAGCACAAGAYAAGAUAUUCAUUUCAUCAGGCGCUGAGGUCAGGGGUUUUUCCAAGAAAGGRAAGCAGUUCCUUGGAUUUGAUACUAAUCUGACUGAAAGCAUUCAAUCAAUGUAUGUAAGUGGAUCAGACCUCUUGCUCUGUGGAAAUUACAUCUACAAUCACUAUAAAGACUGCAAAGAUGAAAACUACUUUCUGUCAGGUGACAAGAUCAAUGAUGUCAUUUGCCUUCCACCAAAAAGGAAUGAUGAGAUGGUUCCUAUCUUAGCUUGUCAAGACAGAGUUCUACGUGUUUUGCAGGAUUCAGACUUGUUGUAUGAGGUUGAGGUUGCCGGUCCACCAUUAGUGUUAGGCCUUGGUAACAUUAAUGGAGGUGAAAGUGGAGAAGAGAUUAUUUAUGGAACUUCAGAUGGAAAAGUAGGACUUGUCCAAAUUGGCAGACAUUCUCCAAGUCACAAGUGGGAAAUUAGUAACGACAAGAGACAUGGUAGUGUUCUAGCUUUACAAAUGUUUGAUAUGACAGCUGAUGGUGUUCCUGAUGUGUURRUUGGCCGUGAUGAUGGUGUUGUAGAGGUGUAUGGGUUUGAUGAAAUGGAGGAGCCAGUUCAAAGAUAUUCACAGACUCUAAGUGAAAGUAUCACAUCCAUAGCUGGAGGAUGCAUCAAUACUAGUGGAUAUGAUGAAGUAGUGGUUGGUACUUAUGCUGGAUGGGUAGUUGGUCUCACCACAGAACCUCAACAAAAAGAGGCUGGGCCUAAUGUCUCUAACCAAGAAACAAUAAGUGACGAGGCACAAGCUAAGAUUGAUCACUUGAGGGAAGAGAUUGACAUUUUACAGCAACAAGUUCUAAAAGAAAGAGAAAAGUAUCAACAGACUGCUCAGUCAUCAUCUGCAUUGUCAGCCAUCCCACAGUUUGCUAUCAAUGACCGGUUUGCUUUGAACAGAGACGAUGCUAGUUAUACACUGAGUAUUGAGGUCCAGAUACCAAUUGAUAAUGUGCUGCUACAGAGUGAUGUGCCUAUUGACUUGCUGGAUGUUGAUAAGAACUCUGCAGUUGUCAGCUACAGCUCCUGUGAACCUGACCAAGGAAAUUUUCUUCUUGCAACCUAUCGAUGUCAAGCAAAUACAACAAGACUUGAAUUGAAGGUGCGGUCAAUAGAGGGACAAUAUGGCACCCUAUUAGCAUAUAUCACACCAAGAGUCCAGCCAAAGACUUGUCAAGUUCGACCAUAUCCCAUCAAACCACUCUCUCUUCACCAGAGAACACACGUCUUUGAUGAAGAAAAACCUAUGAAUACCCUUAAGUUAAGUGGUCAGUUCAGCUUUGCAGAGGUCCAUUCRUGGGUAUGCUUCUGUUUGCCAGAGGUUCCUGAAAGAACACCUCCUGGUGAUCAGGCUACAUUCCACUUCCUUUCAACUUUUCUUGAUACUCAGCUAGAAUGUACAUACAAAAAAGGUGAAGCUUUAUUCAAGUCUGAUAACAUUUCUACCAUAUCGAUCAUCAAAGAUGUUCUUACCAAGGAAGCCACAAAAAGAAAGAUUAACUUAAAUAUUUCAUAUGAACUAAGUGAAGAAUCUGUGGUCCAUACACUAAAUUUGAUUCAUCCAAAGCUGGAAUACCAGUUGUUGCUUGCCAAGCGAGUUCAGUUGAUAGAAGGGCUAAAGGAGUUACAAGUUCAUGAAAGUGACAUCAGCUUUUUUGAUCCAGACUAUAUCCAGGUGUUAGAGGAUGCAGAGAAACUACAAGCAGAAUACAAGAAGCAACCCUGUCAUCUGGAGCGACUGUAUGGAAUGAUUACCGACCUGUAUAUUGACAAGUUCAAAUUCAAGGGAAUGAAUGUCAAAAGCAAAGUACCAGUGCUGCUUGAAAUACUUGAUAACUAUGAUUUACAACAAUUGUGUGAUUUCUUUGAAUCAUAAUGAUCUUUUAAGAAGAAAAUCUCAAAAAAAAACUGUUUGUUGAAAAUGUUUUCAAAAGUGGAAAAAAUACAUUCUUAACCACAAAGAGUUCCAGACGUUAUGCCAUUCGAAGAAUGACAGUGGCUCUAAAGUAUUUAUUUGACAGAUUAGAAAUGUUCAGCUUGUUAGGUAUCUAUUUAUUCAAGAUACCUAGUUCACUGCCUGAAAUGUUUGGCACUGUCAACAGUCUCCCUCAGCACUUCCCAAGAGCCUGUCCACAGCCUAUAAAUUAUCGCAUGCAUCAACAGCUAAGUACAAUAUAAUCACAAUGUACAUAUAGGCAAGGGAAAUACAUGACAUAUAUCAAUAAAAACAAGGAAAAACCUUCA